CUAGCCUGGGCAACAGAGUGAGCCCUUGUCAAAUAAAUAAAUAAAACAAUUACUAACCAGCUAAUCUCAAAUCAGUUCUUCUGAGUCCCCUGAGCCUGUUUAUUUUUCUGUCUGUAAAAGGGGCUGUCUACAUGCGAGACUUUGAUUAUGAGAAAUAGUCACUCCUCAACUUCCUUGAAGAGGUGCUAGACAAAAACAAGAUGGUUGUGAAAAAAAAUAACACUACCGUCCAGACUGUGCUAAGAUACUUGGUUGCAUUUGAAACCCGUUUCACAGUCUGCUUUGGGCAGGUGAUUGCGACAUGCUUUCCAUCUGUGCCUAAUGGGAGCACGCUCUCAGCUCCACAUGGCAGCAGGAACAUUGGCAGGGUUGUCCCGGAGAGAAGAGAGCGCCAACAGGCGUUGCUAUGGUGGAGGCAUGACAUAAUUCAGUUUUACUUGAUUAUUCACUGGAUGUGCCCAUUGUAUGUAAGCCUCUGGGUAUGUUUACAAGGAGCUUAGGAAAGAGGUAGAGGCGGUGCCGUCAGCAGAAGGGCCAGACAUGUUCACACACACACACACGUGCGUGCACAUGCACACGCACACACACACGCACACUUUUCUUCCCUGGUAUCCAACCCCAGUCUUGGGGCAGGGGUGAAAUCACCACCCGGCUAGUGACUGGCAAGGCUCAGACAACUUGCUCUUCUAAAAUCUCCUCCCCUGGCCUCAUAAUUCCCUGUAGCAGCUUGGGGCUUGGGUGUGUACGCACCUGAUUUCUCUAAGGACACAUACGUGUGAUAAAGGGCACAGCAAUUUCCCGUGCUUACUUAAUAAUGUUUAAAUCUACUUACUGGAUUUGGGUGCCUUUCCUUGCCAGCAUUCCUAAACUUCAUGUGAACAGCAAAAGUUCGAAGGCCACUGAAACAUCAUUUAUUUGUUAAUGAAAAUCAAGCCAUUUCAGAAUGGGAUCGCACUGUCCUGCCCUGCCACCUUCCCUCUGAUGCUAUGGAGGCGUGCUGUCUUUCUCCAGAGGCAAGCAAUAUUGUAUUUUAAGCUUAUGAGGCAAUCACGGGAGGCGAGUUUGGCCAGUGUCUGUGUAUUCAGAUCCUCUUCCUUUUAAAAAAGAGUAAAAUAGAAGUAGAAGGCUAUUCCCUGAUUAUGCUUUCCUGGUGGGUUUCUGUUUGUCCUUGCUGUUUAUCAAAUGACUUCUCCUCUGCUUCCUAUUCAUUUGUUAAUAUUAACUCUUGGUUGUAGCAGAGAGUCACAGUUAUCUGAAAAGCAAAUUCACUCAUUUUUGUCAUAUUGCCAUAGUAAGCAGUAGUUAAUUAGGGGCCCCAUGAGUGACAGGAGCCUUUGGGUUCCGUAACCGAAAACCCGCCCCAAACACUGGCCAUCCAGGUCUGCCUUGUCAAGUCGGUGAGAUCCUGACAGCUUGCAGUUUCUUCAGCUUCCCUCCUUGCACUUCAGUGCAGGAGCGGCCCAGUAAUAGUCCUGAUCCUGCAAAUAAGAGCACAAACGCCCGUAAGCACGUGAUUAGGAAAUAUUGCCAUUCUGACUACAUCAGCAACUUGUAACCAAAGCAACUAGAUGUCUUUACUUAAUUCAUGCACCCCUACCUCCCCACCAGUGCUUGAUUAGCUAACUGGUCAGUGGCUAAGAAGACACAAAUCACAGGGCAUAGGGCACCCUCACCACCCAGUAGAGCUGCCUGGGCUGGAUGAACUGGCCAGGUUGAUGACUUCUCUUGACAGGAGGGGGGACCCUGUGUUGCUGGCACCUUCACGUAGAAGCAGAUAUGAGGCAUUUCUUAGAGCAGCGUUCACCCCCUUUAGAAAUUGUGACCCUCUGUCCAUGUUUGUCUGGACAGCUCCCAGUUCUCCAAGCCCCAAAGAAUUGUGUGGCUUCUCUUCGUUCUCCAGCAUUUAAAGAAAUUAAAUUAGUUUUCCUGUGUUCCUCACAGUCUAAUUUGUUUCUCAUUAGAGAUAAAUAACAUUAGACACUUGGAGAAUCAUAAACCCAAGGAUUUCUAUGUUAGCUUUCCAAGGCCUUUUUUUUUUUUUUAAGAGAGAGGGGAAACAAAAUAUUUGGGUCAGGUAUUUUAAGAUGUUAAAUAUAAAAAUCAGCCUUUUAAGAAUCAAAUCCAAAGCCAGUCACUUAGCCUUAUAUUUCUCCCUGUGAUUCCACUUUUCAAAACCCAGGAUGACCAUCAGGAUGGGUUUAGUUGGACUAUCAGUGGUUAUAGGUCAAAUCGUGGUCUCAUUAUUGUUAAAAUCUUCAUAAGACCCCCUCUAAUCCUGUGAGUUUUCAGAAGGAAAUCUCUGUGAACAGUCCUGGCAUUGCUUUGCCUGGUAACAUCUUAUUUACGGACAGUACCCCCAGCUGAGCUUUCUUGGUUAAUGUGUUUGCUCUGGCACUGCGGUUCCUUUUUAAUCAGAAAUGCGUAUCGAUAGGUUGCAUGGUUGGGGAAAAUGGCAUUUAUUUUGUAGCAUUUUCCCAAGAAAUAUUGAGUGAAUGUUUCUUUAGUACUAAACACAUAAUAGUCUUUGUCUUAAGAACUUACUAGCAUUGAGAUUUUUCUGUUGGAAUUUUCUUUAUUGAUACCAGACUCCAGUUGAUAUUUUUUUGGCAUCUCGAUCAGAAGGUCUGACUUUUUGGUGCUUAGCAGAGAAUACGUCCUUGAUAACCUGGAGGCGCCCUUAGUGGAGGCAAUGGUGUGUGGGCUUGAGAAGUCAGAGCAUUAGCACAUCUGUGUUUUCCUCCAGCGUGGAGUUUUGUCAUUUCUAAUGAUGACAGUCCAUCAGUCCACACGUUUCAAAAUGAAGAUAAAUUGAAUUAAUAUAUGUGAGUUAAGUGACUCAUUGAUAUAAUUAUACUGUGAGGAUUUCUUUAGUGUAACCUAACACAUUUAGUAGUGUUAAUUGUAACGGCAUUGCAUGGGAGCACUUAAUUUCCUAAACAAACAGAAUAAUUUAUUAAUUCUCAAAAAGCAAUUUCAAGGCCCAGACUGAGAGAGAAAGAGUAUGUAUUUUCCUGUAGUCUCAGUUUGCUUUGGUUUAUCAAAUUCAAAAUUGCCAAGAGUGUUUUUCCAGAUUCCCACUUGUUAUUGCUACAUUUCCAUGUGUGCCCAAUUCAAUAGUGUAUUGAAAUGAAAGUGGGAAAUAGGUACCGUCCAGUAAAUCUUAAUUAAGUCAUUGAAAAUUGAAGAACACUGAAUAAUAAAGCAGUUCUAAUUGCAGUUAAAACUGUAUUGGCAGCAGAUAUGCCUGAACAAGAAUGAUAAAGCAGCUGAGGAAGAGCCUUGGAUGGCAGAAUCGGAAAAGGGUAAUACACAGAUUAAAUGCAAAACUCAACUCGAAUGUUUUGUGAAAUGUAGGCAUGCUGUAUAAACCUAUUUUUUGCUGAAAAGCAUGUUUUCUCUCAUGUCAGAAAUGAUCACAGGAAUCCUUUUAAUAUUCAUUUAAAUAGUUUUUAAUUGGCUUCAGAGAGUUUAAAGUUCAGCAUGAAGGUGAGAUCUAAGCUUACUAAUUAGAUCGAAUGCAGUUUGACUUAAAGAUCAGACUUGAUAAUUAAACAAUUUCAUACCAAAUGUACAUUUUGAAAACAUUUCUUUUCACAUCCUUGAGGUAAAAUGGAUUUUCCAGAAUUUUUUUCCCUUCUUUUAAAACAGAAAUUUCUCUUACAGAAAGAUGAUCAAGUCUUGUACCGCAUGUUAGAAAAUGACAAACCUCUUAUUUGUUUGUCAUUUAGCCAACAUCCUGUGUUCAGGUUAUUUUAUUUAUUUUUUCCCAUCCAAGUAGAAUUUUGAAUUGCACGGAACGUUGUGAUGAACACAAGUUGUUGUAUCUUGUGUUUUUCCCCCCACCAAGUUGUUUGAUGCUGUUGAAAUGGAAGGCUGAAGUAGAAGGGGCACUUAAGCAGUGAAGGGUUUUUCUUUGUAAAUAAUAGAUCAAGAGCACUGGAUCUGUAUCUAAUGGAGCUGUGUGCGGCCUCCGUUUCAAGGACAGCGCGCGGUUUUAAAAACCACAACUACCGACCAUCCCGUCCGCAACCUGUGGUCAGUUUUGUGAAUGUGUGUGUGUGUGUCUCUGCUUGCCUUCUCUAAUUCCUUAGCACCCCUUCCCCCUUAAACAGGCUUCUGUCACGUCAUAUUUGAUUUCAUAAACUUAAAAAUAGAAACGUCAAACAAUAUAAAGAUGUAUAUCAAUAUAGCGCCUUACCUGUCUUCUAAUAUUAUGGAAUGAUUUCAGGAACUUUGAUCUUGUUUUACUCAGUGUAUGAAUAAGCCUAUUUGACUAUGGCAUGCUGUCUAAGAAAAGGUAGAUGUCUGUGGCUAAAAAUGCAGGAAUGUUUGUCUUAGUAGCAGAAAAACCGGAUUGGUUAUAUAUAGGUUACCUUGAUAAUCUGAUAAAGAAUUAAAUUUAUCAUUUUCUCCCCCUUUUCCCUUCCCCUUUCCUUUUUGUAGGUUAUAAAUAUUUCUUAUAUUUGCCAGUUUUAACUUAUGUUGGAAAACUGUAAAUUUGAUACACUCAGGUGUUGUGGUAUUAUUGCAUACAAUUCCUAAAAGCGUAAUAGAGCUUUGAUCCUUCUGAAUUUGAAUUAGUUACGUUUUUAUCACUUAUAAUCUAAAUUAGACCUAAUUAACAUUUUCCCUUGCAGUGUAAUAGUGCAAACAUUGCCAGUAUCUUAAAAUAUGUAGGCUCAGUCAAAAGCAUAUUUAAAAACAGAAAAAUAAACAUUAAAUGUUAAAGGUCAAGUAGGAGUCUAUGUAAGUAAAAUAGAAAUAAAAGUACAGAUGAAGCCUGGGGAUCCUUUGCUGAUUUCUGAAAUCGUUGUUAUAAGAUUACAAGGUAGUUACUGUAAAUUGAAACAUUUCUUUUUUUGGUGCUUUUUUAAAAUUCCCUAAGUGCAUCCUACCCAUUUGGGCCUAUUUUUAAAAAAGGGUUAAACAGUCUUUCCUUAUAAAAUAGAUACGUAGAUAACCUAGGUAAAUAGAUUUUAAAUCAAACAUUCUAAUUUUUUUUAUUACAUACAAAAAUAAAUGUUGAACGCUAAUGUUCCUAACACACUGCUUUCUUGAAAGAAAAUCAUUAAUCUUUUCAAAUGCAAGUGUAAACUUGAUCCAUUUUUGCUUUCUUGUCCAUAAAUCGUUGAUUACUGGUUUUGAAGGAAAAUGCAGUAUGAAUGUGUUUUGAAUUUUAACUUUGAAAUUGUGGAUGUACAACAUGUUCAUUGCAGUCAAAUCACAAGCAGAGAGAACCCAUUUGAAACAAUAUUUAAAGCAUUCCUGUUGGGGCGUUAUUUAAUGGGAAUGAUAAGUUUCAGAUUUAGGUUUUAGAAAGUUGAGGUUGGCCGUACUUCAAAUCUAUGGUUUAACUGCUUUGAAAGAACAGCUUUGCUUGUCUUCAGGGGGAAACAAAUAACUUAGGGGACAUCACUUCAUUCUCGAACAGUCUUUCAUCCCUAAGUAUAACAAAUUGUUUCUUUUAUUAAUGUGGUACUUGCACUAUGGAAGCAGUUCUUAAGGGAAAAUAAUCAGGAAGAUAUGCUUUGCUUCUCCUAGAUGCUACAACCUGAAAUAUGUUGCUACCUUCCUUGAAGGGGUUUUCCCUCCUCUCUCUCUCUCUCUCUUUCUCUCUCUCUCUCUCUCUCUCUCUCUCCUGCCCCCCAACAAAUAUAGCUAACGUAAUAGAAAUUACAGAACAGGAUACAAUGAGAUUUCCUUCCCUUCUCUCACAGCACGUUUUGGUUGGCUAGGAGAAAGCAAGGUAUUGGAAUAUGAUUAUCCCUAUUUAAGGAAAAAAAAAUGAUAUAAUUUGUCAUCUUACCAGUUCUCGGCAUUCUUUGUGGCGCGCGCUUAGUCAAUGCCGGGGAAACGGCGGUCUGACAGCUAAUAGAUAUCUCUGCCCUCAAUUGUUUAGACAUUUUUUUGUCUUUUGUGACAUUGAAGAAAAGACAAGGAAGGGAAUAGAAGCAACUAAAAAAUGUCAAAAGAUCAAAAAAUCAAUGGGCCGCAGGAAUGCAAUCUGUUUACCGGGGUGUAGCUGCCGUUUCUGCUCCACCACGAGUCCAAGGCGAUGUCUGGGGCAGGCACCGAAGUCGCGUCGCCUCCCUCCCUGGGAGCUGUGAUACGGCACACAAAGCGGGCACAUUAGCUGGCUGGCCCCCACCCCCUGCCCCUGUAAAUAAAUAAUAAAAUAAAUACAGGCUUUUCUCUUAAGUCUGCAAAAACCAAGUUUCUUUGGUCCUGUGUCUUUCGGUCCAUUUCCAACCAUUUCUAGGACUCGAUGGGCUCAGCCCAGCAGACGGGUUAGAGGAUUUACUGUUGGCAUUUUAAUGUUCUGGCCAGGGGGGAACACUUGAUGUUUGUUAUUAUUAUUUAUUUGUUUGAUUUUGGAGAAAAAGUCAAUGAAAAGUAAAUGGGUGAUAAUUAGGUGAAGCACAAUGAAUAAUGGUUUUGUCUCCAGCUUGGACUCUUUGGACGCGGCUUCUAUGUAUGUUUUGAGGUGAUCAGUGGGAGCAGGGGAAAUUUUAUUGGAAACUUGUUUCUUAGAGAAGAGAAAGGGGUAUGUGGAUAGUAAGACUUGUUUAGUUUUUUAGGGAGGGAGAGUGCUGGUUGCUUUCCAUAAGAACAUUUAGGUUUUGAACGACAGACUUCGUUGCCAUUUUCCUUUUUUAAACUUUUCAACCAACUGGUCGUGUGUGUGUGUGUGUGUGUGUGUGUGUGUGUGUGUGUGUGUUCACCUACAUAUUUGCCUGGAAUACAGUGAGAACCCAGAAAAAUGGAUGGGCCCUACCAGGCGAGGCUGCAAUCUGUUGGGGAAGCUUUUUUUUUUCUAUUCCCAAGCCUUGUAGUUGCUAUUUGAUAGUAAGUGUAGUCCAGCCUGCAUAUUUUAUAAACUUUCUAUUAAAGUUGUGGCAUGUUAUCAUAAAACUCAAUUGCGAUACUUUGUAUUACGCUCUGGGAUUGAGAGAUAGACAUAGGAUUAAAAAAACAAUUUCUAGGCAUUUCUAGAUGAUAAAUUUAAUUUUCUUUGCUAUUUGGAGGUCUUCUUUGAAAAUGCAAUUGUAAUGAACGCAUUCAGAACUGGAGAAUAGAUUUACCCUUGGCUUCAAAUAGUCGACGUUAUCAGGCGCUGUCAUUCGUUCCUUCCUAUUUUCGGGCUGCUAAUUGAUGUUUUUGAUGUCAGCAAGAAAAUUGAAGAAAAUGUCAUGUGUGAACCAGUGCGGAAGUUAAUAAGAUUGACUUCGUUGACAGAAUUUACAAUGAGAGCAGAGACCGCAUAAUGGGACCGCUGCGAAUUCGUGUGCUCUCUUUGGAGUCCAAAUUGACACCUCACGCUAGGCCAGUGGUCGAUAGGAGAGACGGAACAUUUGGGAAAGUUCCUAAUCUCAUUUUUCCCCCCUUACCUUUUGGUCUCCGAUGAUGAUUUAGUUUCACCGGCAGCUGUUUAUCCAGGGGGCUAUUGCUGCGGACCACGCCAGGCCCUUAGUUCAGACUCCUGGUGCUACCAACAAUGCGUAUUUUUUAUGCUGUUUUGAGUUUGAAAGCAAAAGAGUCUUAAAAAGGUUAGAUUAAGAUGUGUCUUAAGGAAAGAUGUACUAAUAUUGGUCAGGGUCAUUGCAGAUGCUUAGGUUAUGUGCAAUAAAGCCGAAACGCAAAUCCCUCCCUGAAUAAAGAAACCAUGUUGGCACUAAGAUCAGUCCUAGAACAUAACAGAAGGUUGUAACUUUGCAAGCAAAAAAUAAUAAAGUUCUUGGUCACAUGUCUCCACCCCCAAAAAGAACAUUUUAGCCAUGGUGCCCCUUAAGGUUUUUUUUUUUUUUUAAACUUAUGGAAGGUUUCAAUAUAAUAGAUUAAUUUUCCAGUUAUGUGGCAAAGUUUAUUGGAUUUGUGUGUAUAAUUAUGGAUUGGAUUAGUUGAGUUUGGUUCAGUGCAUCUGAUUAUCUUCUGGCCUUUAGGGAAAUGCGCUAAAACCCUAAUAUGUCCACUACCCCCAAGCGGUCUCUUUUUGAAGGCGCCGCACAAAAUGUGGUCUCUACCAGCGCUUGGCCUCCAAGGAUCUUCAGUGAGAGACAUUAUUCUUGGAAUAUCCAAUUAAUUCCACGGGCAGUGAUCAGUUAGCGCUUCUUCUUCCUUUCUCGCCAUUUGAAAUGCUAACACAAUGAAUAUUUUCUCAUUGGUCUGUGUCCCUCGGCUAAGCUGUUGCCGCGGGCUGAGAAUUUCAUCGACUGAUGAGACCAGAGGCUCCGCCAAUAAAAGGUUACAGUACGUGAUUUGCAUGCCAAGUGGGGUUUGGUUUCAUGAACUUAAAAGUUCUUUAACUUUUAUUUGACUUUUUUUCUUUUGUUCAAAGUAGAUUGAGGGGUAGUAUAUUUGUGAGUGUUUAAAGUAUAAAAAUUACUAGGGACAGGAGGUCACAACUAUAUUUUGGACCAUCUCACAUAGAUGGAGAACAUGGCCUUUGUGUGAGUAGCUUUUAUGGAGAGCAGCCACAUCAACUUUCUAAGAUUGGGUAAACGGGAAACAGUUUUUCAGAUGUUGCGAUUUACUGUUGGGACCCUCUAGAAUCCUUCAAUAGCUUGACAUUUUGGGGAUUGAUACUGGUAGAGUAUCUUGUGGUACUAAUAAUCAUAUACAGCAUCAUUUGAAAUGACAAGGGAGCCAUCGAGUAGGAUGUUUGGAGGAGGAAGGACUAUUCUUUGGAGUGGUUGGUAAUCAGAGUCUUGGGUACCAAGAAAAUCAUACCUUCUAGAGGAGUAUUCAGAGGCAGAAUGUCUUUUGUUUUCAAGGGUACUUUAGGAGGAUGUUAUAAAAUAUUGAAUUUCACUGAGCACAUGAAAAUUUACAACAAAUAAACGAACAGCACCAGUGUCAUAGGAGCAUACUGACAGCAGAGUAGAUUGUGGUGGAUUCGAUUAUGGCCUACAAACCCUGAGUUUCAGAACUGUGUCUCAACCAGGCAAAUCCCCAGGAAGUAUGAGGCCAAGAGAAGUCAUACAUACAUUCAAUUGGCUAAAUGCUUGGUUCAGAAAAAUAAUGUUUGAUGGUGUCACCUGUAUCUCUUUCAUCUUCCAGACUCUUCCAAACUUGGGUUUUAUUAAGUCAGAAUGCUUCUUGUUGAUUUAAAGCCAUGAUAGACGUCUUCUGAUCUAAGGAAUAUUGUAGACAAAAGCAAGGAGGGAAUGUGGUCAGAUGAAGGUUACUCCAUCCCUUCGCAAAAUGGGGGGAAAAGGGAUUGAGGGAAAAGGAAGAGUCAGCCUUCAAACCACUGUAAUCUUAGAGGAAGGAUAAUAUGAUUGGAGACUUGACAUAUUUCAACUGAAUGAAAAAUCAUGAUACCUUUACCAAAAUUGUUAGCAAAAGGGAACCGGCAGGGAUAGGAAUGGAGAGAGCCUUGCCCCUCUUCUCCCUCUCCCGCCCUCUUCCUUCCUUCCUCUCCUAGCUGUCUGUGAGGAGCAAAGCAGGUGGCUCCCUGUGGCUGACUUUUCAUGACAACAUGCCAUUAGAAAUUGCCGUCCUGUUGAUCAAUCCUCUCGACAUGACAGAUUUGCCGCAAGGCCUGGCUCUUUGAGCGCCAGCACUGUGGCUUUUCCCUCCUUUUUUCCUGCACUAAUUGGUGAAAGUUUUUUUACUGUGCUAGUGGCAGAGGAAAUUCUUUUGAACAUUGUCACAAUCAAGUGUUGACUUCUUUAGAAUUGCAAGUAGGUUAAGUGAGUAUCAACAUUGGGGGUUGAAUGGGAGGAGGGAAAACACUAACACAAAGUUACUACUACCUAAAUUUUAUGAUUAGAGUAGUGCUGGAAAACAAACUAAUUGGAUUUACCCCCAUCCCCGCCCCGCCUUCUCUCAAUAUAUAUAUUGUGGGGUGGGGAAAUGCACAUGUGCGUGUGAGUGUGCACAUGCACGCACACACACACACACACACACAAAGUAUUUAUUAAAAUCGUGGUCCUUUUAAACUUCAUUAUGUUUUGUCGUGGGGGUGGGGUUGGGGAAGCCCUGACAUUCGAAAUGGGGAAAACACGUUGCCAUAUUGAUUGAAGAAAAUACAUCCAUUAGUUUCUUCCUGUAAUACAUGGAUUCAGAGCAACAGUAACACAAUGAUUACAUAACAUACUGUAAAUCAAAGGAAUAUAUAAAGCUUCUGUUAGCGGGGCACAUUUUACUCUGAACUUAAUGGCAUUCUUCUGUCCAAAAUCAGCAUACAAAGAAUAAAACCUCUUGGCAAAGAAUCUGUUCUCAGACACGGAUUCUUCUCCUGAAGUAUCAAGAUACACUUCUGCUUAAAUCCCGAUAUUCUAGUUCAUAUAUAAGAUUAUUUUCUAACCUAGAAUGUAACAACGUUUCUUAAAUGAUUUAAUUCCAAACUUCUCUAUGAAACUGAGAGUUCAUAGGGUUUUAUCUUCCUAUUUAGACAGAAUUUGAAUUGGAAACCUAUUUUUAAUCUAUGAUUCAAAGUAUUUACUGAAGGAAUUUGUAAAAUUAAUCUUUGCUUAAACAUGUAUUCCUUGAUUUAAAAAAUGUGUUGGAUUAAAAGCAUUGUUUAGCCAGAUUGAGACAGAAUAUGUGUAUUUACAUUUUCCAUGUCACAGAAUCUGUGUAGUACAUUCUCAUUCUUAUCUAUAUACCAUUUCAGAUAAUUCUGAAUUGGAAAGAAACAGAGUAUGAAACCCUUCAACUUAACCAUGGGUUUGUGACUAUUGAGAAGAAAUCUUACACAGAAAUAAAGAUUUUGUACUGAUCCAUCAUCUAAACAUAGCAACGACAUGUAAAAAAGAGGCUACUUCUAUUUAGCAGUAGAUACUGAUUAGGAAAUGAGAAUUAUAGGAAUAAAAGUUGCUAAGAUUAUUAGCAGAAUUCCUAGUAAAUGACUUUAGUUUUAGGUGCAAAAUGGAAAGAAGAUGGGGAAGUAUGGUCUGGAAUUACCUGGGCCCGAUAUCCCUCCUUGGCCAUCACAACUGCUGCAACCGUUAUAGGGAAGAGAAGUACAGAAACCCCUAUUGAAAGAAGCAUCAAUUCAUAUAAUUAAUUUUGCCAUUAUAAAAAUCAUUUGUAAAAUUUGCAUUAUUAACAUUAUCAAGUCACUAGUUGGUAAGACAUCAGACAUGACGAGAGUGAAGGGCAGCUUAGGGAGAACCGGGCUUUAAACCCUCAGUAGAUCGGAGUUAGGAUCAAAGGCACUUGCUUUAUGUGGCUGUGCUAGACUUUGAAGUCAUGACUGCACCUACAGCACUCAUUUCAUCAAGUUCACUGGUGUCUUAAUAGCAGAUCAAUAAGUUUCAAAGUCGGAGAGUUAAUUUGAUACUAGUGCUGAUGCAGUCGUGCUGGGGAAGCCGAGAGAGAGGCAGAGAAAGCUGCCUAUUAACAACUCCGGUUCAGAGCGCACAAAGAUGCAGAUUAAGGAUGUAUCUAUGGCCCUAAAAAGACAGGCUCUGGCCAGGAAUGGGGAAGCUGUGGAUUGAUAAAGCAAAGGCUCCUUAAUUUAGACAUCUCAGGUUAUUUGGAAGCCAGUCUAUGCUUGAAAAAUCUUUAGUCGGAUACACAUAAGUAGGUGUGUUUACACAUGUCUGAGUUGUGGUCUAGAUAAACAGGUUAGGGGGAAAACGUCUGCACACACCUUUCUAAAAUAAAGGGGCAUAUCUGCAUAAGGACUAUUGUAGGUUAUGGGAUGAUGUGGGGGAAAAGGUAGGAAAACAGAUUUUUGAAGGGAGCAUUGAAUGUGUGCUUUCAUCAUAGGGAUUGUGUUGAUUUUUUUUUUUAAAGUGAUAUUGGGAAUAUCUCUCUAAGUGAAGCAUAUCUAGACAAUAAUAAUUUGAUACAAGUCCAUUUUGAUCUAUUUUUUUUUUAAAGAAGUGCUAGAGGAGAAGGCUUAGCACCAAAUUCCUUUCCUUCUUUGUAGCGUAACUUGACGUGUAUGUGAACAAAUGGGACUCUUUGUUGCUUUCUUGUAUUCUUAUCUCAUUCUCUUACCUGAUUUUGUCUCAAGUCUCCCCACUUAGAAAGUGAUAUAUUUUUAGGAUCUAUUCCACAAACUUGUUGGAUAUACAGAGGACUGAAAGAGAGAAGAAGAAAAGUUGGGGCAAGAUAGGAUGUUUGUAUGUAUGUUUGAGAUUUUUCUUUGUUUUCAGUGGUUUUCCUUGGGUCCUUCUUACGGGAUAAGCGUAAACAUUAUCGGAUGUGUGGUAGAGAUGACAUCAGUGGCUAUGGCAGGAGGGGAUUUGGAAAGGCUCUUUUUUGGGCAAAAGGAAAGGAUGUAAAGACACAGAGUUCAAAGAUGCAAAUCACGAGAAAGUGGAAACCUUUAAAAAAAUUUUUUAUGAGAACUUUGCCAUCUGUAUGUACAGCACAGGCUUCCCAGCAUCGAAGGUCAGAUUCACACCCUUUUCGAACAAAACUCUAAUUUAGAAUGUUCAUCUAAGGGUUGAUAAUGGUAUUAGAAGGCCAGUGGGGUGGUCAGUGGGUGUUGUAGAUUAGCUCAGUGGCCAUUACAGCUUUACCUAGACCCCCACGAUUCAUUGGGUAGAUUAACCAUCACAUCUGUCAUUUUAUCCCUUUUACCACAUUUAAAAUACGAAAAGUGGAGUGGAAAUAUCAUCUUGAAGACAAUUUAUAUGGAGCAAGCCAAUAAUGCUAUUCCUAAAACAUCUAAGAAAUCACCGUAUAUAUCUAUGUGUGCACAUAUGUAUAAUAUAGUUAUAUGUGAUAUAACUCUGCAAGACAUAGAUAUAGAUGUGGAGAUGAUUUGGGUGAAUUCAGAUAUGUUUGUUAUGCCAGGUAAGCUGCAAAUUUUUAAACUUAAUUCCUUUUAAUUAGUCUUUUGCCAAUGUUGUGGAGAAAGUUAUAUGUUUUAAUAUGUCGUAAAAUGUUUUCUGCUACUGGCUGAUUGCGCAGUUCAUUAAGCUUCUGUUUAAUUUCUGACAGAACUUCCAUUUCAACUUUGCGGCACCCUAAAUGAGACUGUCUGGGCUCCAAAGGAGGGUAGCGGGCACUCUUUCUGAAGGGCGAUUCGGGAUCUGCAGCAUGUGUCAGAGACUUUCGUUGAGUUGUGUUGUUUCUUUUGUGUUUAUGACAGAAAGAUGUCACUGUUAAAGGGAACUUAAGAGUUUCUGUAAAUGUAAUGGUUCAUCCUGAAUAAAGUGAGAGAGACAGUGCUUGGAAUCUGGGGAAUAAGUGUGGAAAGAGCUGAGCUGAUGAAGGUGUUUCUUGUCAAAUUUGUGUAGGAAUUAUUUACUGUGCUGUCUUUCCUGAGCCGCUACAGUAAAAGUGAAGACAUGGAAAAUUAUCCCAGAUGGGACGAAUCGCUCGUUCUCUGUUCUUUUUUUAAAAAGGAAAGAUUUCAGGGGAAAAAAAAAAAGUUGUCUUUUUCUUUAGAACAGUAUGAAUAAAAUCUGGACAGCUGUCGAAAAAGAUAUGCCGUCUGCAUUUUUUUUUUUUUAAAUUUCUAGCCACCACCAUAACUAAAUAGCUUGAAUAGUACAUCUUUUCUUUUUUUUUUCCCCUUCAUACAUAAUGAUCUCUACUUCAUUAAAAGCGUAUUAAUCUGCUUCCCAGUCUCUUGGGAGACACCUUAAGAUGAUGAUAUUGUGGGUUUUUUCCCCCCGAAUUGUUUAAAAAAAAAAAAUUCUAGCAGAUUUGGUCCCUGUCAGUCAGAAAUAAUUGUGUUCUUAAUCUUGUCCCUGAUGGAUGACUCGGAGUUCAGCAACGGGCCGGCUCCAAUGACAAAUACAAUAUUAAUAUUCAUUAACUGCUUUGACAAUGCUAAUUUUGAUGCAGUAGUAAAGGGCCUUCCAAAGUUACCGGCCAAAGCAUCAGAGCUGCGCAAGGUGGCAAGAUAAUUUGUGCUGGUUUGCUGAGCUGAAGGCUUUUAAAGUCUAUAGCAAAAAGCUAGGUACCACAAACAAAAAAGAGAAAGGGAAAAAAGUUCUGAAGCAUUGGAAGGCAGGGCUGCGGAAAUAAUACGAUCACAGUCCGCUAAAAAAUUUGACACCUCUGAUGCAGUUUCUUUGAGUGAAAUUUCUACAAAGUUGCAACAAAAAAGCAUAGCAUGGUAAGUCAGCACAUUCUUGAUUUUGUUUAAUCUUUUUGAUCUUUUCAAUUAUCGCUAUUUGAAGAUCAAUAGUCAUUUUUUCCUACUAUGCUUAGAAGACGCGCAGCGGUGGUUUAAUAUGUGUUAGGACCAUUUGCUUUAAAGAAACACAUCCACAAGUUUCGGUAGGUUUUUUUUUUUUUUUUUAAGUUAGUCAUGAAAAAUGUUAUACAGUAAAUUGUUCUGAAUUCUUUUACAUAUCGGUGUUUUUAACGGUCUAUAUUGGUUUUUAUAUCCCCCACCUCCAAAAAAAAAAAUUCAGCAAGAUAAUUAAGCUCUGGAUGUUGUCAAGAAUUUUGAGAGUACUUUCAGUUGGCAGAAAACUUCGGAGUGAAGUGGUCCUCCAAGUUUAUCUAAAUUCAGCGAGUUUCCUCCCUUGCCUUCUGAAUGGCAUCAGAUAGCUAUUAAAGCGUAAUUUCACUGGAGAACUGCAAAGCAUUACUUUCACCAACUUAGGUGAACUUCUUUGGACUAUUGAAAUUGCCUUUAUGUUUGCUAAGUCGGCAAACAAAAUAUCAGGCUUUGUUCUUUUGAUUGAAUGCCGGGAUUUGGGGGAAAAAAAGAAGAGUAAGAAAGCCCUGCCUUUUUUUUUUUUUUUUUAAACGCCCCCUCCCUUUUCUGGGGGGUGGGUUGUUGUGGAAUCGGGGGCGAUCCCGGUUAUUGUGCUCUUCCCUAUCAAGCGAGAUAAUUCUGUGAAUGGAACUGUGCGUGAGCAUCUUGUCUGGCGGCGCUGCUGGUGUGUGCUGCUCCCCUGUGCCGCGGGUGCGCGGCGGCGGCGCGGGCUGCAGGGCGGGUGCUGCCCUCCAGUGGAGCCCGCGGCCGGCGCGGGCCCUGGGCGGCUUCGGGGCGCAGGCAGCAUGCCCUCGAGCCGGCAGCGGGAAGGACAGCGCCGCAACCCGCUCUAGAUGUCGAACAAAGUGCCGGUGGUGCAGCACCCUCACCAUGUCCACCCCCUCACGCCGCUUAUCACAUACAGCAAUGAACACUUCACGCCGGGAAACCCACCUCCGCACUUACCAGCUGACGUAGACCCCAAAACAGGAAUCCCACGGCCUCCGCACCCUCCAGAUAUAUCCCCGUAUUACCCGCUAUCACCUGGCACCGUAGGACAAAUCCCCCAUCCGCUAGGAUGGUUAGUACCACAGCAAGGUCAACCAGUGUACCCAAUCACGACAGGAGGAUUCAGACACCCCUACCCCACAGCUCUGACCGUCAAUGCUUCCAUGUCCAGGUUCCCUCCCCAUAUGGUCCCACCACAUCAUACGCUACACACGACGGGCAUUCCGCAUCCGGCCAUAGUCACGCCAACAGUCAAACAGGAAUCGUCCCAGAGUGACGUCGGCUCACUCCAUAGCUCAAAGCAUCAGGACUCCAAAAAGGAAGAAGAAAAGAAGAAGCCCCACAUAAAGAAACCUCUUAAUGCAUUCAUGUUGUAUAUGAAGGAAAUGAGAGCAAAGGUCGUAGCCGAGUGCACGUUGAAAGAAAGCGCGGCCAUCAACCAGAUCCUUGGGCGGAGGUGGCAUGCACUGUCCAGAGAAGAGCAAGCGAAAUACUACGAGCUGGCCCGGAAGGAGCGACAGCUUCAUAUGCAACUGUACCCCGGCUGGUCUGCACGGGAUAACUAUGGGAAGAAGAAGAAGAGGAAAAGGGACAAGCAGCCGGGAGAGACCAAUGAACACAGCGAAUGUUUCCUAAAUCCUUGCCUUUCACUUCCUCCGAUUACAGACCUGAGCGCUCCUAAGAAAUGCCGAGCGCGCUUUGGCCUUGAUCAACAGAAUAACUGGUGCGGCCCUUGCAGGAGAAAAAAAAAGUGCGUUCGCUACAUACAAGGUGAAGGCAGCUGCCUCAGCCCACCCUCUUCAGAUGGAAGCUUACUAGAUUCGCCUCCCCCCUCCCCCAACCUGCUAGGCUCCCCUCCCCGAGACGCCAAGUCACAGACUGAGCAGACCCAGCCUCUGUCGCUGUCCCUGAAGCCUGACCCCCUGGCCCACCUGUCCAUGAUGCCUCCGCCGCCCGCCCUCCUGCUCGCUGAGGCCACCCACAAGGCCUCCGCCCUCUGUCCCAAUGGGGCCCUGGACCUGCCCCCUGCCGCUCUGCAGCCCGCCGCCCCCUCAUCAAUUGCACAGCCGUCGACUUCUUCCUUACAUUCCCACAGCUCCCUGGCCGGGACGCAGCCCCAGCCGCUGUCGCUCGUCACCAAGUCUUUAGAAUAGCUUUAGCGUCGUGAGCCUCGGUUGCUUUAUUGAUGGUUUCGUUUUGCUUUUCUUUAUCUGCCCCCUCACCCCCACCUUAAAGGUUUUGUUUUGUACUCUCUUAAUUUUGUGCCACGUGGCUACAUUAGUUGAUGUUUAUCGAGUUCAUUGGUCAAUAUUUGACCCAUUCUUAUUUCAAUUUCUCCUUUUAAAUAUGUAGAUGAGAGAAGAACCUCAUGAUUCUACCAAAAUUUUUAUCAACAGCUGUUUAAAGUCUUUGUAGCGUUUAAAAAGUAUAUAUAUAUAUACAUAACUGUUAUGUAGUUCGGAUAGCUUAGUUUUAAAAGACUGAUUAAAAAACAAAAAGAAAAAAAAAGCAAUUUUGAAGCAGCCCUCCAGAAGGAGUUGGUUCUGUAUUAUUUGUAUUAAAUACGAGCUUGCGAACCAAUCAUUUUACAUCUGGUUUUUAAACUGUAAGGGCACCAUGAAUGCUGUGCCGUUACUUUCCUUUUUUUUUUUUUUUUUCUUCUGUGUGAAACAACUUUUAUUGUGAUGUUACUUGUUAUUGUUUAAAUGUACAGAAACAAAGGGUUAAAAUGUGUUAAUAUACCUUGUUCCAUGGUGUUGUUCUUUUGGGGGGAGGGGAUGCUACUCAACACUUAAUAGAAUCACAAUGCUGUUGGGCCAGUAGUAUUUAUUGCUUUAGAGAUUGCUUGUUGUACCUGUAUGUUGUCCCUUUUUAAAUAUGUUUUCUUUUUUCUUGAAACUGUAUAAAGUUUUUUUCCCCCUUAGCAUAAGCAUCUUAUAUAUAACAACUCAUUUGUACAAGGUUUUUAAGUUUAUAUAUAUAAAAUGUGUAUAUACAUUUUUGUUUCCCUUUUUGACUUUUUUUUUCUUUUUUUUUUUUUUUUUUUUUUUUUUUUUUGCCGUAUGAAACCCAGAUGUCACCAAAUGGACAUUAAUAGUUGCAUUAAGGAUCAGUAGCAUUAACAAAAGUUGCUUUAAAAGCCAUUACAUAAAACAAGACUUGAAAAUGAGUGAGGGAAUUUUAGCGACACUGUCUGAGCAGCAGUGGGAACGUCUGCGUUUCCCCUUUCAACUCCAACUCCCAGUGGGAUGCCCUGCCCUGCGCCCUUAGGACCUGGACUGACCGUGUGCAAAACUUUAUGUGCCAAAAUUCUCAGUGAAUUUAGCUUUCUCCCUCUUUUUGAUGCUGUAAUUUUUGUUCAUCAUGUUUUGCUGUGAUGUUACAUAGGUAGGUUUGUAUGUAGUUUUAAUGUCACCUAUAACAAAAUGUGUUUGGUAGCAGAUUGUCCAGAAAGCAUUUUAAAUGAAGAGGUAUAAACCCUUAAGGGCCAAAAUUCUGUAUAUUAGAUUACUCUUAAAUGAAAAACCAGCUGCCGCUUUUAUGUACGCAUAUUACAUACGAGUAGGCAGCAACCUUUAAAAAUAAAAAAAACCUAGGCAUGUUGAUGUUGCAAAAUGCUGUAUAAAGCUGAAACCUGUUCAUUCAGUGCCAUUGUAGUUGACAUGAAGCGAUUGUAAAACUGUCUCCGAUUUUUCUCUGGUUUAUUAAAAUGCUAACUAUAACAUUUUUUUGUGAAUACUUUGAAUGUUUCCUAACAGUUGUGAUGUUACUGUUCCGUUUUAUGCUCUUAUUCCAAGUUCAUUUUUAAUGGUUUGGAAGCCAUUUUUGUAAUGAAUAAAUGUUCAUGCUGUACAGUAUCUGUAGCAUGCCGUUCUGGAUUAAUAAAAGCAACUUAGUAUGUGCAGAUAAA